AUGGCUGUUGAUUUGAAAACAGCACGGCGGACGUUGCCGGCACCCAUGCUCGAUCGUUCGUCUUAUUCGAUAUUUUCUGUGAUUAAACAAGCCAUUGGAAAAGAUCUUACAAGAUUUUCCAUACCUGUUGUUUGGAAUGAACCUCUUAGUUUUAUUCAACGUGUUGCUGAAUGUUUGGAAUAUUCAUCUCUGCUCGAUAGUGCUGCAUCAACUGAAACUUUGAUUGAUCGUUGGCAUUUACUAACUGCCUUUGUCGUGUCCACGCUAUCAACUCAUCUAGAGCGGAUGUCGAAACCAUUCAAUCCUCUUUUAGGUGAAACCUAUGAACUAAAAAUGGAAGGUGAUACUUCAUUUCAUUACAUUUCUGAACAAGUCUCUCAUCAUCCACCGGUGUCGGCUGUUUACAUUCGAGGACAAAAUUGGACACUAUCAGCGAAUAUUGAACCGAAAAUUAAAUUUCACGGUACGAAUGUUGUCGCUUUGUCCGAAGGUCGAUGGAUACUUCGCAUAAAGAAAAAACAAAAUCGAUCUCGGUCGGGUUCUCAAUCGAGUUUUCAAUCUUGUAAUGAUGAAGAAACCGAAAAUAAUAACAGUGAUCAUGCCGAUGACGAGAUGGAUGAGUAUACUUGGAAGACACCAUCCGUACUAGUGCAUAAUAUUUUAUUCGGUCGACUUUGGUGUGAAUUUCAAGGACAAAUUGAUUUGAUACACAAACAAUCAGAGCAACGAUCUGUUCUAACAAUUAAAUCACACUCAUGGUUUGCAUCACAAUCAACCAAAACAGCCGAUAUGUUCAAAUACUCUGGUUUUAUCUACGAUGAUAAAACAAAAAUUAGUGCAUACCAUGGUAAUUAUGGCCAUUGUUAUUAUGCCAUCGAUGAUUUAAAAGACGUACAAAUCAAAUCAUCAAGUCCAUGCAGCGCUGCCGGUCACAACUGCAUCCAAAUCGGCCAGAAUGUGUCUACGGCUUAUCCUUGUGAUCUUGUUCUUACUCCGUCGUCUCGUUUAAUCUGGUAUCGAUCGCUAUCGUCGAUGACUGAUCAAGAACUAGCAGUCCGAUCUCAGUACUAUUACUUCACUCCAUUUACUUAUUGUCUUAAUGAACAAGUGACAACUCCUGUCUUGCCGCCCACUGAUAGUCGAUACCGACAAGAUAUGAAAUAUCUUGAAAAAGGUGAUAUUGAUGGAUCAUCGGCCGAAAAACAUCGUCUGGAAGAACAGCAACGUGCCGACGCCAAACAACGCGAAGAUGAAUUUCAACCACUGUGGUUUCGUAAAGAUGAAAAUGGUGAAUAUGUGUAUACCCAUGAAUAUGAACAACGACGAUUUGAUCAUUGUCCAAAUCUUUUUACUCAAUCAUCUCGUGAAUAG